CUUAAAUAUGCCUUUCACUGAUAUCUCUAUAACAGCAGACUUGUUUUAUUCUGUAUCUUUACAAUGUUGACAAAGCCUUUGUGUUGUGCAGAUUCUGAUUGAAAAUAAGUUUGUUUACUGUGCUUCAUGCACAUAAAGAGCCAGAUGCAUUCUCUGUUGCAUGUUAACAAAAUCCUCUACUGCAUAGGGAUCAGCUGCCCUUCUGGGAGGUGUUGGCUAAUAGGAUCCAGAUCGUUUCUCAUUUGCUGGCUUAAUGUUCAUUACGAGCAGCACAGUUUUCUUAGUCACAGCUAAAUCGUCACACAGUUUCCUCAUCUAGAAUAGAGUUACACAUAAAGGUCUUUUAUAGGAUUUAAUUGUUCUUGAGUUUCAAGUAAGCCUCUUUUCAAAACACUUUUUUUAAACUCAUAUUUCCUUCUGGUUUAUUUGCUUUUACGGCUCCUGGAGUUCAGCCAUUUGUCCUGCUUGUUUUGUCCAGUGGCACAUCAUUGUCAGCCGCUGGCCGGGGUGAAAGAGGCGGCUUUGUGUUUUAGGAGGCCGCAUUGCCACACAGAAAAAUAGAGUGAGGUGUGGAGAUUAUCUUAUUGACUUAGCCUUGAGGAGGUUGUGUGUGUGUGUGGUGUAGGUGACUCGGCCUCCAAAUACUGCCUUCGCUGUGCUUGCUGCCAUAGCAACCAGGAAAUACUCACAGCACAGCGCAGUCCUGUACUACAGACCAGGCAGGAGAGCCCAGAGAACCAGAAACCUAGAAAGGUGUUUGCUGCUAGAAUUCUAAAUCCUCUGUUCCGUCUUUGUUUUAGCAUUCAUACUUGGAAAGUAACAGCCAGAUUUUGUCGGAGUGCCUGUGAAACUGCGAGGUGGGGAGCGAGGGGGGUGGGAGACGAAAAUGACCUCCAACGGGACCGUGCUCCCACUGGCUAAGAACGUGGUGGUGUACAAGAACGGGGACCCGUUCUUCAACGGCAGGAAGCUGGUGGUGAACCAGAAGCAGUUCCUGACCUUCGAGUCGUUUCUGAACGAGGUGACCCACAGCAUCCAGGCCCCGGCGGCCGUGAGGACCCUCUACACGCCCCGGGACGGUCAUCGGGUCCGCGAGCUCCAGGACCUGCAGAACGGCAGUCAGUACGUGGCCGCGGGCUUCGAGAAGUUCAAGAGGCUGGACUAUUUGAACCCAGGGUCUAAAAAGCCGGUAAAGAGAAGUGAGGAGAUACAGGUAAGAACAGUCUACCGACUGAAUGUGUCUGCAAAAUGGAGAAAGACUAUACACAUGCCAUCUGUCAUACAUGUGUUUCGAAACGGGGAUCUCCUGUGCCCCCCAUUCCGGCUAAUCAUUCCCAAGAACAUGCUUCAGGACUGGGGGAGUAUCCUCACCAUGCUUACAGAACGAGCCAACCUGAGAACUGGCGCAGUGCGGAGACUGUGCACGCUGGAGGGGGACGCUGUGUCCAGUGGCGAAGAGCUGGAGAACGGACAGUACUAUGUCGCUGUAGGAAGUGAGAAGUUCAAGAAACUUCCGUAUGUGGAGCUCCUGGUGCCCAAGGCUCCAUUGCACAACUUCAGAAGCCAUCCAGGAAGGAGAUUCUUAACAAAGAAACAGGAGUACAGGAAACCAGUUAGUGUCCCACAGGAUGGGUACAGUGACCCUGGCCUGCUGGAAUCACCUGGAGAGUCGGACGGCCGGCGGGUGAGGUCGACGGGGGAUGAGACUAACGGGAAUGCGGUGGCGCACCGGGCCGUGCGCAGGAAGCCCAGGAAGAACGCCAAGGAAGAAGACUCCAUCUUCUAUGCCAAACCAGUCAGGGUCAGGAAGAAGAGAACUGACCAACCCAAACCCCCUCCUCUGAGGAAGGAAGAAGGGGAGGAGGGGGUCUUUAAAGGAAACCGCGUGAGGCGGGAGGUGCAAGGCGCAGCAGAGGUGGCGGAAGACGAGAACACCGCCGUGGAGCUCCCUGUCGACCAGAGAGUAGCAGAGACGGUUGAAGAUGAAGUAAUAAAUGAAAAUGAUCACCAACAAAAUCGGGAGAUGACCCCUUGGGAAAACAAAGCUGAUUCUGUUGCAGAAAAUCGUAACUCACAAGAUUUAAGCGAUGGACAACACACUGGCAGAGCAAGCUACGUGUCUACCCACAGACAAGAGGCUUGAAAAGACCCCCAGCCCCCUGCACACUGCGGAACCUGAAAAGCCUUAUUAAUACUCUGUGGUGCAACACAAGCAAUGCAAUCUGUGCCUUUUUAAAAGGAAAAGAACCAUUUAGGACUCGGCCUUCAUUACAAACUGCUGUAUUUUUUUACAUUUUAUAUCAGAAAGUAAUAAGAAAUUAAAUAUGACAUAGAACUGUAAGGACCUUUCGAGAGUAAUGUGGCUGCUAUUAUCAACUUCAUCUUGUAAUAGAGAAACCAUGAACAUUAGAUCUUGAUUUAUAAUAGCAUUACGUUUGUUUUAAUGUACAAUGUUUGAAUAAUGCCUAUACAUUUUAAUUUGCCUCCCUGCAUGACUAGAUUAAUUCUGUAGUUCUGAUUAUGGAUAUGUGACCAUUUUUGUAUCUAUAUUUUGUUUAAUGCAAGUCAACAUAAUGUAUAUCAUUAACAAUUGGAAGUAUUUCCUGUUAUAAUGGUGUAAGUCAUAGCAUAAAAUAAUAUGAUGAAGUAUAUAUAUGCUUUUAAUAUCACAAUUUUCUUCAUCAUUUUAUUGUAUGAAUUUUCUUUACCUCUUUAUUUUUUUCAUGAGCUGCAUUUAAAACCAGUCUUACAAAAAGUGUCCAAAUUUUAUUUUUAAAUUGUUAAAAUUCACCACUUAUUGAGAUUUAGUCUCCCAAAAUAUGCAACACACAUUUUGGUCAGUUGUUUCUACAUCACAGUUGAGUAAUACUACUCUCUACCCACUAUUCAGCCUGGGUGAUAACAAAACCAGAACAAAACAUUCUGACACAAUGGCUCAUAUUUGUACAAAGCAAAAAAAACACAGUUCAAUAUUUAUACAAUGAAAAGAAUGGAUAAAGAAAACCUUUAAAGCUGUGUUGAUAAAUGAUGUGAAAAAGGCAUUAAACAUUUCUGUUGUUGUAA